AUGGCGCUGCCGAACUCUUACGCGCAAAUCCUGAACGAUCUUAAUCGCGACGUCGUGCGUUUCAGGCCGCUCGACCCCCUUCAAUUCUGCGCCAACUGGUUCAAUCAGCGACUGGAGAAUGAGCGCAAGGCUACCUUGGCUCGUGGUGCAGAUGGCACAGCAGCAGCAGGUGCUGUCGAUGCUGCUUCGCCUCUUGCCUCCACUGCCGGCGGUCCAGAUGAUGUGACGAUGACUUCUGCCGGUGGCCCUUUCUCAAACGCCAAUCCCUUUGGUGCUAGCUCCAGUGCUGGACCCGCAUUUUCUUUGCAGCCACCUUCGCGCGAUGGGUCCAUCGUAUCGCUUGCUCAAACCACAGCUUCGUCGGAAGAUGAUGAUACCCUUCAGCCAUUCUCUGCUCCUUCCGCAACGUACAACCUUGGUCGUCGAACCUCUGUCAGUGCCGAGUCCCUUGCGCCUCUUUCGAGCGCGGGUGAUGAGGCCCCCGCACCAAAGACAGUCAUCCCUAAGAGUUCCUUGCAGCUGGAGCGCAUUCGCGCUUCUAUCAAAGGCAACUUGCUCUUCAACUCCCUCGACUUGGAGCAGGAACAAGACGUUGUCAAUGCGAUGAAGGAAGUUCGCGUGCCUGCGCACGAGUGCAUCAUCAGACAGGGCGAUCAAGGCGACUACUUCUACAUCGUGGAGUCUGGCUCCUUUGAGAUCUACAUCAAGCCUACAGGCGCAGCGUCGAGCGCCGGUGGUUCCGACGAUGAUUCUGCGAAUGGAGGUAGACGCGCUGGGGACACCCUCGAUCUGGGCGACAAGAAGGCUGUGUGCGGGCCCUCUUCCUACUUCGGAGAGCUCGCGCUGCUCUAUGCCCAACCACGCGCUGCCAGUGUCGUGAGCACCGAGCCUUCAAUCGUCUGGGCACUAGACCGCAUCACAUUCCGCUCCAUCGUCAUCGGUGCCAACAGCCGUCGUCGAGCACUCUUCGAGUCGCACUUGAGAAAGGUCAGCUUAUUUGAAACGCUGUCCGACGCCGAGCGCGCAAAGAUUGCCGAUGCGCUCGAGCAACGCGAAGUGCCAGCAGGUACUCGGGUAAUCGAGCAGGGCGAACGUGGCACCGAGUUCUUCAUCAUCCUCGAUGGCCACGCCGAGGUUCAAAAGAGGCGCGAGCAGGAUGGUGUGGAGGAAGCAAUAGGCAAGCUUGCUGAAGGAGACUAUUUCGGGGAACUCGCUCUGCUCAACAACGCACCCAGAGCCGCCUCAAUUGUCGCUUCGUCUCCCGCAUUGCGUCUGGCCACUUUGUCGGAGUCUGCUUUCAAGCGUCUUGUAGGACCUCUAGCUGGCAUCAUGGCGCGCCAUGCGCAUGAUCACUACGGCGCUGGUGCGAGUCGUGCUACUCGAGGUGCGAGCCCAAGCUUCAGGGCCAGCAACCCCUCUCGUGGCGGAUUGAAUGCGCCUCCGGCCGUUCCAUCAGUUGGCCCCCACGAGAGUGCUAGCUCUGGUCUUGGCGAAGGCACUUGGGUCGGUGGCAUCGGCGCCUCGCCGUUUGGUCAUUGA